AUGUCCAUAGCAUGCAAGCCCCGUAUUCUGGGCCUCCGAGUUACGAUACGGUUCUCUCCUUCGCAGGUCGAUCCACUGGCCUAUUUCACCCGCAAGCGUCAGCAAGAGGCUAAAGAGCGCGGCGAAUUUAUCGACAUCCAUGAUAUCGGUGGCACAGAUCCAGGAGAUUUUGAUGUUUUAAUUUCGGACGUUGAUGAUGAGAAAUUGCGAGGUGAAGUUACGGAGAUAGUGGGGAUACCGUACCAUGCGGAGGCGACGAAGGAAGAUGCCAUUGGCAAGACGAGCGACCUCUUUGAUAUUUCGGAGGAAAGCGGACCGGAUCUUAUCAAUAUCGCUGGACACCAAGUCCCAGUUUAUAGGUCGCCGACCCACUCACAGUUUACCGAACUUAAUCUUCUCGGCAUGGACUUCUUUCAUUAUUAUAACGUUUCCCAGGCGAAUGACUUCAAGAAGCGCAGAGCUAAAUUGUACUUCGGUCAAAAGUGGAAGAUGGUGGAAGAUGAUUGA